AUGUGUGCAAAAAACUCGGGUGGCGGCGGCGGUGGUGGCAGCGACCCAAUGUCGGCAAUGAUGGCGAUGAUGAUGUCCGGAGGUUUCGGUGGCGGCAGCAAAGGCAACCAGGUCAAAGGCGAUCCACAGUUCUUGGUUUACGUGGGCAACAUCGACUGGAAGGCGCAAUGGCAGGACCUGAAGGAUCACAUGAAGCAAGCGGGCACCGUUCAGUUUUGUUCCAUACUGACGGAGGAUGGCACAGAUUGGGGCAGGUCCAAAGGCAUGGCUUGCGUACGGUACGCGACAGUGGAGGAAGCGGCAAAUGCUGUCGCGACUCUCAAUGGAUCUGACUUCAAAGGCCGUCCAAUCAAAGUGGACCAUUGGACUUCGGGAAAGCCGGCAAACGCCUGA